CCCGACUCCUUUCCGCUUCGCGCUCAUCAGAGGCUGCAGCCACCCAGUCCACUCUGCUGGGGCAGCGUCCCUCCGGACUGAUUGGGAAAGAGCCAGCGAAACGGCUACUGAAGAUCUCCAAGUGCCGUCCCGGGCAGAUGUCCCAGGUGAACGGCUCGCUCUCCCGACACCACGACGCGUCCUAUGGAGACCCCAGGCUGGGUCGGCCCCCCAGUCCCAUCCUGGACUCAGCCUCAGCCCAAGACAAAUGCUCGUCUCCAUCCCUCCUGCCUGAACUGGAGGUAGCACCGUCUCCACGCUUUUCAGAGGCUGCACUGGAAGAGAACCUUCUAAAGGAAGAAGCUCCCCCUAUGCCCCAGGGUAAUGGACCAGGGCCCCCCCAGGCCCUGGAAAGCACUGAAACUGCCAGUCCUCCAGAAGCUGUGACAUGUCAGCCUCAGGGUCUUCCCUCCCCAAGGGAACUUCCUGGGCCCUCCAGCUUUACCCCGCUCUUGCCCAAUGGUGCUGGCCAUUCCCCGGCGGUGGGUGGUCCCAAGAAGUCAGGGAACGGCACACUGGGUGGCCCCAGAACCCACCGGAAGCUACAGCCACACUCAUCAUUCGCCAGCCAGGGCAGCAAGAAGAGCAAAGGAAGCACAAAGUCAACGGCCUCCCAGAUCCCCAUUGAGGCUCAGGAAGACUGCUGUGUUCACUGUAUCCUCUCCUGCCUGUUCUGUGAGUUCUUAACGCUGUGCAACAUUGUCUUGGACUGUGCCACCUGCGGCUCAUGCUCGGAGGACUCGUGCAUCUGCUGCUGCUGCUGCGGAGGGUCGGGGGAAUGCGCCGACUGUGACCUGCCCUGCGACAUGGACUGCGGUAUCAUCGACGCCUGCUGCGAGUCGGCCGACUGCCUGGAGAUCUGCAUGGAAUGCUGUGGGCUUUGUUUCUCCUCUUAGCCCCUGGCCCCAGGAGAAGCACUGAGGGAGACUGGGGGCAAAGGGUAGAGGCGGUGCUCCCAACUCAAACCGCCACCCCAUUCAUCCCCACUCCAAAUCAAGUUGCCUCCUUGCCAAGGAUUCAACUGGGGCUGACUCCAGCUCCAGACUGGCACGGUGGGCAGAGUCAACUCCAGCUUAGAGCCAGUGGAGGAGAGAGAUACAGGAGGGCACCAUAGCCAUCCCCUUCCCCUCACGCCUUCCUCCUCAACCCCCACUACCCUGGACUAAGGAUGCUGCCUUGAUAUGGGAGAAUCCCAGGUGGGGAUGGACUUAGAGACCCAGGGGUCCCAGACAGUUGGUCAAUCAAUCAAUAAGUAUUUAUUAGUCUAAGGUCUUAGGGGCCUGUCCUCUGCCCCUGCAUCAACAUAACGGAGGAGAAAUCCUAGAAGGGAUCACACCAAGUCUUCUGUGUUGGAGGCCUUGGGACCAGGCUUCAGUACACUGUGAAAGUCAAGGGAGAGGAGCCUUGGAGAAGAAGGGACCCUGCCAGGCACCAGUAAUCUUCAGCUUGAGGAACUGGGGGUUGGGAGGGGCUCCCUAGAAUGUGACUCGGAUGGACCCGGAUAGAAGGUGGUGGAGAAGAAAGAAGGGACAAAGAGAAAGAGUCCUGAAUUUCUCUACCUCUCACCACCCCAGCCCCAGACUCUCUCUGACUCUAUCCCAGCCUCUGGGGCAGCUAAAUGUGAAGAAUUUUUAAAAAAAGACACUUCAAUUGGGGUACUCAUCACCACCCUCUCUUUCUCUCUUUGCUCUUUUCCCUCUCCCAGGCUUCCCUAGGAUUCUAACCCAAAUAAUAACCUAGGAGAGCAGGGCAAAGCCUAGAGAUUGGGUGCGUGUAG